AUUCCUCCAUAGCCUCACCCAUCCACUCUCUCUCUCUCUCUCUAUCUCUCUUUCUCUCUCUCAUUUUUGUGUUUGAGAAAGAAAGAAAUAUAUGGGUAGCAUUGAGGCACAAAGGACAAUAACUGGCUGGGCAGCCACUGACCCUACUGGAAUUCUAGCACCUUACACUUACAGUCUCAGAGACACCGGUCCAGAAGAUGUUUACGUCAAGGUAAUCUGCUGUGGAAUUUGCCACACUGAUCUUCAUCAGAUCAAGAAUGAUCUUGGCAUGUCCAACUAUCCCAUGGUUCCUGGGCAUGAAGUGGUAGGUGAGGUAGUGGAGGUGGGUUCAGAUGUGAGUAAGUUCAGAGCAGGAGACAUAGUGGGAGUGGGAGCCAUUGUUGGAUGCUGCAGAAACUGCCAUCCAUGCAAAAGGGACAUAGAGCAAUACUGCAACAAGAAAAUUUGGUCCUAUAACGAUGUUUACACCGAUGGUAAACCCACCCAAGGAGGCUUUGCUAGCUCCAUGGUUGUAGACCAAAAGUUUGUGGUGAAGAUACCAGAAGGGAUGGAUCCAGAACAGGCAGCACCACUAUUGUGUGCAGGAGUGACAAUUUACAGUCCACUGAGUCACUUUGGGUUGAAGCAGAGUGGGUUGAGAGGAGGGAUAUUGGGGCUUGGAGGAGUGGGACACAUGGGGGUGAAGAUAGCCAAGGCCAUGGGCCACCAUGUGACUGUGAUAAGCUCUUCUGAUAAGAAAAGAGAGGAGGCAUUGGACCAUCUUGGCGCUGAUGAGUACUUGGUCAGCUCUGAUGCCACUAAAAUGCAGGAAAAGACUGACACACUGGAUUACAUCAUUGAUACUGUGCCUGUGUUUCACCCUCUUGAGCCUUACCUUUCUUUGUUGAAGCUAGAUGGGAAGUUGAUCUUGAUGGGUGUUAUUAACACUCCUCUGCAGUUUCUCACUCCAGUGGUUAUGCUCGGGAGGAAGACAAUCACUGGAAGCUUUGUUGGAAGUAUUAAGGAAAUAGAGGAGAUGCUUGACUUCUGCAAAGAGAAGGGCCUGACUUCCAUGAUUGAAAUCAUCAAGAUGGACUAUGUUAACAAAGCCAUUGAAAGGCUGGAGAAGAAUGAUGUUAGAUACAGAUUCGUAGUGGAUGUUGCUGGAAGCAAACUUGAUCAGUGAAAACAAAAUACACUUGAGAGUGACUAAAAGCCUUUUUUUUUUUUUUUUUUUUUUGUGCUUCUUUUGUGUGAAUUCUGUGUUUUCCCAUAAUAAGAAGUCAAGACAGUAUAUCUUAAAUAUUGAUUUGA